ACUCCUGCUAAUACUUUUCCCUCCACUCACGUCCACACAUGCAUGCAUACACACAUCUCCGCCCCCGGUCGUAUGUGUAUAUAUAUACCUACCGACCCAGCCAUGGAUCGGCGACGGCACUUGACAACGAACCAGCAGAUAUCGAUCAUCCAUGGACGCCGUGGGGAUCUCUCGCCGCCGUGCUGUUCUGGGAAUGAUAUGAUGGACACGCUCUUCGUCCUCGGCCAGGAAUCCCGGCUGCGCAUCCUCCAGCAGGCCGCGGCGCGCGUCCCCGGCUGCGCCUACAUCUGCGUCUGGGCCCCAAUUAAUCCCGGCGCCGCCCAGCAACAGCAGCUUCUGCUGCCUCCUCCUCCUCUUUCUUCCGCCAGGUCACGCGGCCACCUGCUGUGUUGCCUGGACGCGUGGCUCCGGGGCGACGUGGGCGACCGCGGGCGCGCGCUGUUCCAGGCGUACAGGGGCUCGCUCUGCGGCGUGGAGAGCGGGUGCGUGCCCGGGUGGGCUUUCCGGGAAGGCCGGUCCUACAUGGAGCUCCCGGAGCACGACCUGGCCGCCUCCGCGUCGCUGCCGUUGCAGCUGCAGUUCUACCAGUGGGGAAAAUUCAAUGCUGAUCGAUGCUUGUGUGAUCUUCUUGUGUUUCAGGAAGCUGGCAUUGAGAUGGCGGCCUUCGUGGGAUGCGAGAGCGGCGAGAUCGAGAUGGGCGUGUCGGCGCCGACGAACAACCUGCGGGCGAGCGUGGAGCAGGUAUUCUCCGAGGACUUCUUCCAGCAGUCGCUGCUCGAGGAGCUGCUCCAGCUCCCGCCCACGCGCCCUUCGUCCUCAUCCUCCUCGAUCCCCUCCAUCUCCGUCGGCAGCCCGGCCGCCGACGGCGCCUCGACCUCGCUCCCCCGCAGCACGGCAACCACAAUGGCCAUGCCCAUGGCGGCGUCCUCCGCCACGCCGUCUCCACGAGACCUCUCGCUAGCGCAGCAGCCGCUUCUCCACCCGCUGUUCAGCCGGCACGCCGCCUAUGGCCACGGGCAAUUCCCGAGCGCGGAGGCCGACGACGCGGCCAUGGCGCAGGCCAUGCUGGCCGUCAUCUCCUCUUCCUCCUCGCCAUCUUCUUCUUCCAUGCCGGCCUUCUUCGGCACCCGCCGCGGCGCGCACCGGGGCUCGAGCACGACGACUACGGCGUUCCGGGCGUACAACGCGGCGCUGGCGCCGAGGCGUGCGCCGGGCCUAGGCGCGGCGGCAGGGCAGCGGAUGAUCAAGCGGGGCAUCUCCAUCCUCAGGAGGAUGCACGUGCUCAAGUGCGGCUACGGCCAGAACCACCAGGACCAGCAGCGCGCCGCGGCCGGCGCGGCAGUGCAGCGGCGGCGAGACGAGGUGGAGGAGGAGGAGGCCGCACAGCCGCCGGCGCCGUCGAGCAGCCAGCUGCACCAUAUGAUAUCGGAGCGGAGGCGGCGGGAGCGGCUCAACGAGAGCUUCGAGGCGCUCAGAGGCCUUCUUCCUCCCGGAUCAAAGAACGACAAGGCCACGGUCCUGGCAAACACGCUGGAGUACAUGAACAUCCUGAUAACCCAGAUCGCAGACCUCGAGUCCAAGAACCGAGCCCUCGAGGCGGCGGCGCAAGUCUACCGACCCAUCGUCAACGGCAGCUCCUCCAGAGAAAGUCGCCGUCCAGACCAAGCACUUGUCCAACAAGGGCUUCUAGUCGAGGUGUCUACCAGCAGCGGCGCCGGCGCGUCCACAUCGUCGACACCGGUGUCCCGGGAGGUGACCAUAAGAGUGGCGGCGCCAGGCGGUGACCUGUCGGAGCUGGUGACGCGCGUGCUGCGGCUGCUCAAGGAAACGGGCCACCGGUUCACGGUGGUCGCCGUCGACGCCAGCAGGCAUCCGGCGGCCGGCGGCGGCGGCAUUGCCCAGGCCAGCAUGACACUGCGAGCAACGGCUGCGGGUGAAUUGGACGAGGCGUCUCUGAGGGAAGCUGUGGCGAAGGCUGUCGAGGGUCUGGUGACACCGUCGGACGACGACGACGAGUCGCCGUAGCGCAUCAGCUUUGACCCGCCCUCUCGGCUGGUCGCUCGUGUCAGCUAGCAAUGCAAGGUGGGGUCCGGAUCGGCCAAGUUAUGAGUCCAAGGGCACACGAGGCGUGACGUUUCCGUCUUCUAUUCCGUGCUCUGGAUUCGUUGGUGCGUUGGUGGUUCUUUGAGUAACUGUAGACGGUAGUUGUAUUUCGCUUUUUGGCAUGGAUUGGGAGCAGCAAGACAGCAGACAUGUACCGAUCCUCCCUGUUACUCCACCCUUUUCCAAUUCGCGAGACACGAGUCAGAUUUUGACCGACAAUUAGAUCAAUACUGUAGUAUAUAAGGUAAUCUUGACACAUCAGUAAUAUCGUUGAAUUUGUAGUUUGGUACUAAAACGUAUUUUCAAAUUAAA